AUGCUGCAUUCAGCUACUGAGUCAGCGAAGAAGAUCUUCGCGCCUACGAGCAACUCUGAAGACCCUGGCCAUGCAACCCAAUACAACAAAGGCGCCCUAGACCGUGAUGAUCUCCUUCCCUCUCCAACCGACCAAUUCCACAAGUGGUUCCAGGAGGCCCAGGCCAACAACGUUUACCAGCCGGAAACCGUCACCUUGUCCACCGCUGAACUACCCAGCGGCAGAGUCUCAGCACGAACACUGUAUAUGAAAGAGCUGGACGAUCGCGGCUUCGUCAUUUACUCAAACUGGGAUACGAGUCGCAAAGCGAGCGACGUGCGAAGUAAUCCGCAUGCGGCAUUGACUUUCCACUGGCGCGAACUUGAGCGCCAGGUUCGAGUUGAAGGAACUGUGGAGCGCCUUACGUCUGAGGAAUCGCAGGUUUACUACGAUACGAGGAUCCGCGGCUCAAGAAUCGGGGCAUGGGCCAGUCAGCAAAGCAGUGUGAUUGAGUCAAGAGAGGAGCUAGAGAAGAGAGUGGAAGACGUGGAGAAGAGUUUUAGUGGCAAGGACAAGAUCCCAGUGCCGGAGUUUUGGGGCGGACUGAGAAUUGUGCCACAGAUGAUGGAGUUUUGGCAGGGACGGCCAAGCCGGCUGCAUGACCGGUUUGUCUACAGGAAGGUUGGUGGGGAGGAAGAUGCGAAGGGGAUCAAGGAGACGGAGUGGAAGAUUGAAAGGUUGAGCCCUUAA